ACUACAAGUCUCAGCGCGCAGCACGGGGGCCCCGUCUGGGCUGGGCUGUGCGGGUGACAUGGAGGCGCUGGGGCAGCGGCAUCGCGCUCUCUACAAGGGGGCCGCAGCCCCGCCCUGGAAGGAGACCUACCGCCGGCGCUGUGUGGAGAGACUUAAAAACAGUCGUGCCAAGCUGCUGGAUAGAUACCGCCAGGCUGGAGAGAACGUGCACUGCAAUGCGAGGGCCGCUCUUCUCGUGCAGGAGGUGAUGGAGGUGGAGUGGCAGGCCUUGCAGUCAGUGAAUGCAAGCCUGCCCUCCCUCAGGAGAAAGGAAGCGCUAUCACAGAUGUUGGAGUACCCUGAUGAACUAGCAGUACUGGAGGAAAUCCAACAAGAGUUGAUCUCACAAGUAGAACAGUUGACAAUAGAAGAAUAUGAACGGAGUCUGCAGUUUGACCAGGACUGCCUCAAUGCAAUGCUUGACAGCUUGGACGCAGGCAACAAGAUUAUCUGUCCAGUGUGCAAAAGGAAUAGCCUGACUGUGAUGAGUCAUUUGGUUUUAUGCCAGUGUGGAUUAUACAUCAGCACACAGGGUAUGACAGAACAGAAGCUCCGGUCACUUCUAGAAGACAGUGUAACAGAACAUGGUAAUCAGUGUCUUCACAAUCCCGAGUUCUCCAUCACUAGUGGAAUGGAGGGAGAAGACAAUCUUCUCAUGAGCUGUCCGGUCUGUGACUCUUGGACCAUUCUCAUAUAACUACAACCCUGCUGGGGUUUCUCCAUGGAAAGAAUACACUAGUAAGAUCCUUCCUUCAGCCUCUAAGCAACUUGGAUGGCAUCCUGCACAGCUUUUCUUUUUAUAAUCUAACUGUAUAUAAUGUUUUUGUACUUUAAUACGGGAUAUCAAGCAAUAUUGGCUUAAUCUGCACUUUUGAUAGCUAAAUAAAUAUUUGAAAUGAGAUGUGGCUAUUCACAUAAAUGAGACAAGCCUCCCCAGAAUCUUGAAUUCAGCACAAGCCUUCUCCUAACUUACUGCUGUGCCUCUGGCUUUUCAUUCAUUUCCUGUUCUGUAGCAAGAACAGACAGGGCUCUGCCUGUCUCAGCUUGUGUAAGUUACAUGUGACUUACUCUAGAGCAGGAGGUUUCUGGUCCAGGGUUGAUGUGAAAUGUAAGUGAACAUACACCAAGGCCAAAGGUACCAUUUUAAACAAAGUGGCACUUAUAAAAAAAAAUUACACUAAAGUCUUCCCUCUCACUGGAUCUAAUGUCCCUAUCCUUGCUAGUACAGCUUAACCCCUGACCUUUAUCAUAGGAAAGACUAAUACAUACCCAGUCUAAACAGUAAAAGCGUAUGUGCCAGUGAAUAGGAAGUGUGAUACAGUGCAUCUUUAAUUGCAACCUUGAGCCAGACACAAGCUAUGACUAGCAUGCAGUGACAAAUGUGAAAUAAUGUAAAAACUCAUCCAUCACUUCCUUUUGACUGCAGAGGUAGUAGUUUGAAAUAAGUUAUGAUACAGUAGUGCCCUUUAAAUCAGACUGAGCUGUUUAUCAGAGUAGGGCAGUUACAGCUCAUCUUUUUUCAGAAUCACUGAUGUGAUAGAUACAUGCUGCUGGGGAAUAUGUCUGGUGGCUUUCAACAGGGCUGUGAUGAGGGUAAACUAAAACCUAGAUGCAUUCUACAUCUCAAAUGCUUCAGUUACAGCACAUCAGCCCUAACCAUUCCAAAUAAAGAUCACUGUAGCUUUGAGUUUUGCAUGAGUGAGCUAAACAGCUGGUGUAUAUAAGAACUCAUACUGGUACAGCUGACUGAGUGGCCAACAGGAUUA